CCGGACCGACCAACCGUCACGUCAGUGUAGUCGUUUCGGUGACUUCGCGCCAAGUGCAUUUCCCAGCCAGCGACGGGAAACCGGCCGCUAGCGUUACGCACACAUUACGCUACCGUGUUUUGGUGUUUUGUUUCGGGGCACGUGAUUGUCAGUUGGAAGAAAGGGCGGACUGAACUGGCCGGUGUGUGAAAAUAUUUCUAGUGACUUGGGAUUCUUAACGUGAAACGUGUUUGUGUCUAAACUGUCGAAAGUGUAGGUGAUCGUAGCAGAAGCAGCUGCUGUUUCGGUCGGCGAUCAGUUAACAUCCGGUGCCGAAGCGUGCGAAAAUUGUCACCAUUUUUCCGUUCGACAUAUUUCACCUGUACUCCGCCGAUCUGGAGCAACGGAGCAGUGCACUCGGCCUCGAGGCCAAUUGCUUGAAAAGAAGGAAAUGUAACAGCGAUAUGGAGCGGGACCGUGAUCGUGACCGCGACCGGGAACGUGAUCGUGCCGCGGACCGGGACGUGAAGCCGCUCGAGCCGCGCGAUCUGUCCGCGACGCGCCUGUUCACAGCGACGCAGAUCAAAAUCAGCACCUCGCCCACCACAUCGCCCACCAUUUCGAACUCGUCGUCGCCCACACCCACCCCACCGAUACCGGCCGGGUCGCCGGCCGUGACCGGCGUUGGCAGCGGGUACCAUCACUCGAACCACAAGCAGAUCACCGGCAUACCGUGCGUGGCGGCAGCGUCCAAAUACACGGCACCGGUGCACAUCGAUGUCGGUGGUACGAUCUACACCAGCUCGCUGGAAACAUUAACCAAAUAUCCCGACUCGCGGCUAGCCAAGCUCUUCAACGGCUGCAUCCCGAUCGUGCUGGAUUCACUGAAGCAGCACUACUUUAUCGAUCGCGAUGGAGGCAUGUUUCGCCAUAUACUUAACUUCAUGCGCAACUCAAAGCUGCUGGUAUCGGAAGAUUUCCCAGACCUGGAGCUGCUGCUGGAGGAGGCCAAAUAUUUCGAUAUUGUUCCUAUGAUCAAACAGAUCGAACAUCUGAAGAAAGAGCGCCAGCGCAGCGGGAACGGCAUACCACCGUUUGGUGGCAGCCGAAGCAAGUGCAAGGGCGCGUUGCAGACGGACACCACCAACCAUGACGUGGUGGCACUGCACAUCUCACCCGAUCUGGGCGAACGUAUACUGAUCUCGGCCGAACGGGCCGUCCUGGACGAGGUGUUUCCCGAGACGAACCAGGCCAUUCUGGACGCACGGACCGGUGCGGCUUGGAAUCAGUUCGACGGGCGGCAGGUGAUACGGUUUCCGCUGAACGGGUACUGCAAGCUCAACUCGAUCCAGGUGCUGACGCGGCUGCUAAAUGCCGGGUUCAGCGUGGAGGCCAGCACUGGCGGUGGUGUCGAGACGCAACAGUUCUCCGAGUAUCUGCUGAUUCGCAAAUGUGCGAUGUGAUAAAGUACUUUCUAAAAGCGUUCGGAUCCUUAGCUUUCGCAAAAGCCACCAUUUCCCUAUCCCCGAGCUAUCGGCAAGCAGUAUUGAGGAAAUGCUGAAGUAGGAGAAUUAGGGAGAGAAUACACACACAUACACGAUGUAAAUCGUAAAUCGCCAUGAUCGUUACACUUAAACUUCUACGCAUUAGUAAAACAUAUGUAACACAGCCAGCCAGCCACUUUUUAAAUAGUCUCUUCUCAGAUGUGGUGCCGCUUGCAUACGCGCAGGCGUACGUACUUAAAUGGAACUUAAAUGAAGCAAAAAAGCCCCCCUAAGCGGAACUAUGGGAGAGGGUGAGGAAAAAAAACAUAACGCAAAACAUAUUCGAUGUAAGCCACUGUCCCCUUUGAAUGGUUGAACCUCCGAUGUAAGCAUGACACGCGUAGCAUAAAAUCUAGUUAAUUAUAUAUUAGUAGCGGUCUAUACCCUUUUCACUUAACUUUAUGUUACCUCUUUGUAUACUGAUAUGUAAGCCGCCCGGAACUGUCGGUCCGGUUAAUAAAACAAACAAAAAAACAACCAGCUCCCACCAUGAA